GAUUCGAAAGUGUAACAAGGAAACAACUCAAAUUCAGAUUUUCAAUUUUUUUCUUAUUUACUUGAAAUUUGAUGUAUUUUGACCACAUUUGAAAGUCUUUAAACAUUCGAAACCAUUGUCAUUCAAAGUAAUCUUGAAUUGCUGUAAAUUUAGUCAGUGCAAAGUAUUCGUGGAAGUUCUAAUUGGGCAAAUUAAAUUUUUUAUACUUUCAACAAAGGAAAAACGCAAAAAAUUUCUCCUCGAUAAAACCAGCUGUAUUGAAAGUUUAAUUAAAAUAACAGUAUAGAUAUUGAUCAUGGAUUCCGAGGACGAAAUUGGAAUUGAUUCAGGGAAUUCCUCUGAUGAUGAAGAUUACGAUUUCAUGCAGGUUGAUGAAAUUCAAAGACAAAGUGGAAAUGCUCAAGAUCCAGUAGAAUAUCCAUUUGAAGUCCUUACAACAGAAGAAAUCGUUAAGCAUAUGUUGGAUUGUAUUGCUGAGGUCAAUAAUGUAGUCGAGAUCCCAGCAACAACAACCCGAAUCCUACUCAAUCAUUUUCGAUGGGAUAAGGAAAAACUUAUGGAAAGAUAUUAUGACGGAGAUCAAGAGGCAUUGUUCAAAGCAGCACAUGUCAUCAAUCCUUAUGUGAAACCAAAAAGAGAAUCAAAGACCUUUCGCUGCUCGAUGAUGGAAGAUUGUGACAUUUGUUUCCUCAAAUAUCAAUAUACGAAUAUGACAGGACUUCAAUGUGGACAUCGCUUUUGUAAAUCGUGUUGGGUGGAAUAUCUGACGACAAAAAUCAUGGAAGAAGGCUUAUGCAAGUCAAUUGCUUGUGCUGCACAUGGCUGUGAUAUAUUGGUGGAUGACGUGACAGUCAUGAGCUUAUUAACUGAACCACGAGUCAAAACCAAAUACCAACAAUUAAUCACCAACAGUUUUGUUGAAUGCAACCGUUUGCUUCGCUGGUGUCCAUCAGCUGAUUGCAGCUAUGCAGUGAAAGUUCAAUAUGUUGAUGCUCGUCCAGUUACAUGUAAAUGUGGUCACGUCUUUUGUUUCGAAUGUGGUGAACAGUGGCAUGAUCCCGUGCAAUGUCGUUUAUUACGUAAAUGGAUCAAAAAAUGUGAUGAUGAUUCGGAAACUUCAAACUGGAUUGCAGCCAACACGAAAGAAUGUCCAAAGUGUAAUGUGACGAUUGAGAAAGACGGUGGAUGCAAUCAUAUGGUGUGUAAAAAUCAACAUUGCAAACAUGAUUUUUGCUGGGUGUGCUUAGGAUCGUGGGAACCACAUGGAAGCUCUUGGUACAACUGUAAUCGCUACGAUGAAGAUGAAGCACGUGCGGCAAGAGAUGCACAAGAGAAAUUGAGAUCGUCACUAGCUAGGUAUUUGCACUACUACAAUCGAUACAUGAAUCACAUGCAAUCUUUAAAAUUUGAGCAUAAACUCUACUCGUCAGUGAAAUUGAAGAUGGAAGAAAUGCAGCAACAUAAUAUGUCUUGGAUUGAGGUACAAUUCUUAAAGAAGGCCGUCGAUAUUCUGUGCCAAUGUCGUCAAACACUCAUGUGCACAUACGUGUUUGCUUAUUAUUUGAAAAAGAACAAUCAAUCGAUGAUUUUCGAAGAUAAUCAAAAGGAUUUGGAGUCAGCAACAGAAAAAUUAAGUGAAUAUCUCGAACGCGAUAUAACGAGUGAAAACUUAGCUGACAUUAAACAGAAAGUUCAGGAUAAGUACAGAUACUGCGAGAAACGUCGAAAAGUUUUAUUAGAUCACGUCCAUGAAGGAUACGAUAAAGAUUGGUGGGAAUAUGUUGAAUAG